AUGGAGUCGCCAAAAGCAUCAAUGCAUGAGGCGUACAAGAGCUUCUGCUCACAGCACCCCCUGAAGAAGUUGUCCAUGCCGAAGAGCGACCUGGUGUGGUCCUACUACGACAUAAAUAGCAGAAAUGAAAACAUAGUGAUUUUUCUACAUGGGAUAUGUGGGACAGCUGGGUGUUAUUUUUACCAACUAGACGCAUUGGCAAACUUAGGGUUCCGAGUUAUAUCCUUUCAAUACCCAUGUUAUAAUUACCUAAAGGAUUGGAUAAAAAAUAUGUGUAACAUAUUAGAAUAUUUAAAUAUAAAGAAGGCACAUUUUUUUGCCUCCGAUUUGGGUGGAUACCUAAUACAAUUGUAUGCAAAAUUGUACCCGUCCAAAGUGGAGUCUUUAAUUCUGUGCAAUUCCUACAGAAGGACAGAUGACUUUGCUGCAGUUGCAGCGUUCAGAAAUGUCUACGGGAAAUUAUAUAGCUUUCUCCCGCAUGUAUUAUUAAAAAAAAUUAUAUUGGAAAAUUAUAUUUAUAUAAAUUAUGUGAAUAUAGAUUUGAAGGAAAAAAAUUCACUAGAGUUCAUGAGCAACGAAGUGGAUUUAAUACCUUCUGCAGACUUAGGGGGAAGAAUAAGUUUACAACUGUCGUCGGAAAUUAUUGACAGGAUUCAAAUCAACGAUAAGAAUAUCACCAUUCUGCAGACAUUAAAUAAUACGUAUGCAGAUAGCCUAAAUGAAGAUAUGAAAAAUGCGUACCCGUAUGCUAAACAUGCGAUAUUGAAAUCGGGGGGUUGUUUUCCUUAUCUGAGUAGGUAUGAAGAAGUCAAUAUGUACAUUUUGGUUCACCUCAGGAACAAUUGUAACGCUGUAUUUGUGAAGGAGCAAAUAAGUAGUAUGAGUUAUAUGCACCAACUGAAAAGUGAAGAAGUGGAUAUCGAGCAGUUUGCUUCUGGUAGAAAAUUUGGCAAACGGGUUGAUGGCAGUACUUACAAGACGCCUAAUGAAGGGAAGUGUAAGAUUAGUAUCAUCAACAAGUGUGGUACAAAUGGUAAUAUGCACAAGGGUACAACUUACCACAGAGAACGUGGAGAUGCUAAUGGGACUACCUUUUCGUAUAGGGAAAGCAGAAAAACGGAACAAGGCAAAAUAAAACACGGAGUACGUAACAUCACGUGGGAUGGACACCCAGAGGAACAGGAGGAUCUUUUUAAUUUGUACAAAUAUGAUAGCUAUAAUAGUUGUGAAAAUUUUAGUAGGAAGGAUACCGUGACUAGUGAGGAGACCUUUAACGUUCACGAAAAGUUGGAUGUUCAGCCCAACAGUGGUCAGCAUGAUCAUUACAGCGUCGGUGCUUAUGGGGAAGUGUACACCACAAAUGACGAUUUGCACGCGGGAGGGAUAAACUCACAGUUUGGCGAAGAGCGGCAGGAGAGAUAUACCAAGCAGAAUCAUUAUGAAGAACAAAAUGAACAUGGCGGGCAUGUGAACAAUUACACAAAUGAGGAAUUUGCAAAUCAUCCCGAUGGGGAUGUCGUGGACAUAAAUCACAAUGACGGUUAUUACAAAAAUGAUUAUGAAAACGUGAGCAGAAAUGUGACACGUGAAGACGAUGUAUAUGGUAGCCCUAAUGGUGAAUAUGUGUACACGAGCAACGAGGACAUCCAAUCAAUCGGGGGGAAUGCUCCUAACUCUCAGGAAGGCUACAACAAGGAAUCUUUAAAUUAUGCCGACAACUGUAAUGAAAAUGAUCCGCAAUAUGGCCGCGAAAAUGUUAAUAAAAAUGAUAUUUUCUGCCAUUUUUAG